GCAACAUACAUAUCUUCCUGUUUCUAGAAGGGUGGGGCGCAGGGUGGCUGUCCCCAGCUAAAGGAGACGCUCAUCGGCUAGUUCCUUAGCUGAACCCGUCAACCACCGCAUUUAAUUAAUGUAUCUACGUGAUAUUUGCACAUUUGCGCAUCCACUUUUCAGUUUGACCCCUUUUAUUUUUUUGCAAUUGCACAACAACAACUGCAGCCCGACAACAUGUCAGAGGCUUCGGUUGCUGACACUCGCCGGCUAAAUUCCAAGCCCCAGGAGCUCACGGACGCAUAUGGUCCACCCAGCAAUUUUCUGGAAAUAGACGUUUAUGAUCCACAGAUCGUCGGAGUCGGGCGGCAUCGGUACACAACCUAUACAGUUCGGACGCGGACCAACCUUCCCAUUUUCAAACUUAAGGAUUCUUGUGUAACCAGACGAUACAGUGACUUUGAGUGGUUAAAGAAUGAGCUGGAGAGAGAUAGCAAGAUUGUAGUAUCACAUCUCCCGGGUAAAGCCCUGAAGAGACAGUUGCCGUUCCGCAACGACGAAGGGCUUUUUGAGGAGUCGUUCAUUGAGGAGCGGCGAGUGGGUUUGGAGCAAUUCAUCAACAGAAUUGCAGGUCACCCUUUGGCCCAGAAUGAGCGCUGUCUGCACAUGUUCUUGCAAGAGGCCGAGAUUGACCGGAACUACAUUCCCGGAAAAGUAUGAGUGAAACGCCUGUACCUUCUCCAUUUAUUUCUACAGCUUGUCAGUUUCAAGCCGGUGGAGGAAACUACCCAAAUAUUGCUCCCAUUGUGUAAAUCGUUUGUUGUCUCUCUCUGUAAUUCCUCUUAUGUACAUUACUUAGUGAAUGACAAUGUUUUAUUUUUUUCCCUGAUGAUGAAUAUUUACCGCCACAAAAUGCUUCAGACAAGCGUUCAACUUGUGCGCUUCGUAUUUGCUUUUUGGUCGCUAGUAAGAUAACCUCCCAAAGUGAAGCAAGAUGUAGCAUCGCAAAGAAAACGCUGACUUGUUUAAUCUGUGUGCGCUUUUAGUCAGGGUCACUCACAGUGAUGUCAUCGCGCCUAAAUUGUCACACUACCAGUUUAUGCAAAUCAUAAGUUAAGCAAGCAAAUACGAGCACUGUGAGGUUCAUCAUACGCAUUUGAAUCGUUUGAAAUAGUCAUCAGAUCUCGAGUAAGAUGUCUCGGCUUAUUUUCUUUUUUUCCCUCAAUUCCAUAAAGAUGAUUGUGAAGUGUAUGUUAUCAUUCCAGUUCUACAAUGAGUACUGAGGAAUUCCUCUUGUUAUUUUUCCGUCCGACUAUUAAAUUUCCUGCUGCCUGCUGUG